GGAAAUUCAUCUUCGUUUGUUGUUGAUUUUUUUGCUGCUAAUUUAACUUUAAUUUUGAAGCAAUAUUAAUGGCGGAUUCGAUUGCGUCUCCCCUGCUCCAAUCGCUUCUCAACCGUUUGGAUUCCAUUUUCCUUUCAUUUGACGAAGGCGGCGAUGAGAUAUUGAUCCGGUCGCGAACCGUUGUGGCGGCAGUCAAAGACUUAGCUACAGUGGCGGAGCAGCGGUUCGAGAUGCCGGAGGAAAUCAGGGGGUGGUUGGCUGAAGUCAAACGUUUAGCUUACCGAUUGGAUUCUCUGUUGGAUGACUAUGAACAGCAAAUGCGCAAGGUAAGGAAUCAAAAACUAAAGAGCUGUUGUUUUGGUUUCCUCACAAGAACUGGAGACCAGCGUCCGAUAGAGGAUGUGAUCGAGAAGUUGUCCAGACUCUCUGGCGAAGGCGAUUGGCCAUUGGAGAGUAAUUGGAGACCAGAUCUUUAUUUUCGAUUGAAUUCUGGAACUAAUUUAUUAGGUUUAGAACCUGAAAUUGUGGGCAGGGAUACAGAUAGGGAUAAGAUAAUUGGUUUAUUAACGAGCAAGACCAACGAGAUAUGCCGGGUAGUAUCCAUUGUAGGCGGCGGGGGAGUGGGAAAAACAACACUAGCUCGUCUUGUUUAUAAUGACGAGUCAAUAGGGCGUAAUUUCAGGUUCAAGUAUUGGGUUUCUGCAGGCAAUAAUCGUGGUUUCAAUGUCCAAAGGAUUGGGGAAGCAAUUUGCUCUAAAAAAUUUUCGAUCUUGGAUGACUUUGAGAUUGGUGUUAGAUUUGAACUGAUGGGGAAGAGGUUUCUGAUUGUGCUUGAUAAUCUGUGCAUUGAGGAGAUGGAUCAAUGGUUAAUGUUAAGGAACUUAUUCAGUGUGGGUUCUUAUGGAUCUGCUGUUAUAAUCACGACUCGCUCGAUCGAUGUUGCGGAUGGUUUAAGUAACAUGCCUUUAUAUUACUUGCAACCUUUGCAUGACGCAGAUUGUUUAGAUCUGUUCCGGAGGGUGGUAUUGUUGCCCUGGAAAGAGAAGGAGGAAAUUCAGAAUACCGAAUUGUUAGAGAUUAGCAAGAUUCUUGUUGCGAAUUGUGGAGGGUUGCCUCUUGCUGUGAGGAUACUCGGCGCUUUGUUACCCUAUAAUGGAGAUAUGGGAGAUUGGUUAUCUGCCGCUGCUCUUGCGUUACUGGAGCUGCAAAAGUAUAGUUAUGGAUUCAAUAUUUUGAAGGUUCUGCACCUCAGUUAUGAUCUUUUACCAUCUAAUCUGAAGCAAUGCUUCGCGUAUUGUUCAAUAUUCCCAAGAGAAUAUUGGAUCAGUAAGGAGAAAUUGUUGCAGUUGUGGAAAGCUGAGGGCUUUUUGCAAACAAGUGGCUCAAAUGAAAGCUUCUAUGACUUAGCGGAGGACUGCUUUAUGAAAUUGUUACAACGCUUUUUUUACGAAGACAUAGUAAGAGAUGAUUCUGGGACCAUAUUUUGCAGAAUGCAUGAUGUUGUGUACGAUUUUGCGGUUACUGUUAGUUCGACAACAUGCUCAGCUAUGGGACCUGAAAGUUCCAAACUUGUUUUAGAAGAACUUCGUCAUUUCUCCCUGGUAUUUGAGUUUGAGCCUUCAGCACGAUUAAGAUAUUUGAGUAACAAAGAAGACUUGCAGACUUUGGUUUUCUUAUCGAGUAAGUUUGAUAGUAUCCCCGAAACUAUAUUCUCUAGAUUUAGCCAUCUGCACGUAUUGGACUUCAGCCAUAGUGGCAUUUCUGAGUUGCCUGUUUCUCUUGGUGCUUUAAAACACCUGAGGUACCUUGAUGCAUCUCGCACACAUAUAAGAAAGAUACCAGAAACCAUCAGUAACCUGAAGUAUCUGCAGACAUUGGAACUCUCUGAAUGUUAUAACCUUGAAGGGUUGCCCAAAACUGUCCCCCAGUUGACAAAUCUAGUAAAUCUCGGUAUUUCAUCAUGCUGCUCCUUGACUUAUCUUCCCUCAGGGAUUGGAAAGUUAAGGCUUCUUGAGAAGCUGUCGACAUUUGUUCUUGGAAAGCAAUCUGAUAGUGCUAAACUAAAUGAGUUGAGUGAGCUGAACCUUAAAGAGAGACUAGAGAUUAAGAAUCUUGAAAAUGUGACAAAGGAGGCAGAAGCACGAAAUGCGAAGCUGUAUAAGCAAGCAAGCAUUCACUCAUUGACAUUAUCUUGGGGUCAAAGUUAUGUUGGGAAUGCUCAAUUGUCUUCCAUAAUACUCGAAAACCUCCACCCACCCGAGAACCUAAGGGAUUUUUGUUUAAAAGGAUAUAAAGGUUCCAGAUUUCCAUCAUGGAUGAACCGGGGUCUUCGAGAUCUUUCAGGUAUUUCAUUAAUCAAUUGCAGCUGUCAAGUACUUCCGCCACUCGGACAGCUACCUUCCCUUAGGUUUCUCUAUUUGAAAGGGAUGUCUGAAGUGCGGUCAAUAGGCCAAGAAUUUUAUGGGGAUGGAGGAUUCCCUUGCCUGGAACAGUUUGAAAUAUAUGAUAUGCCUGGCUUGGAGGAAUGGAAGAGUAUGGAAAUCUUCACUAUUGUUGAAGGUUCCUCAGUUCCCUCGUCACUUGAAGUUGAAUCUUUCCCUUUCCUGGACAAACUUGUGGUCAAAGGAUGUCAUAGGUUGACUGCAUUGCCAGUUAUCCCAAAUCUUAGAAGCUUAGCUCUUUGUGACAGCAAUGAGAUGCUGCUGCGCUCCAUAGUUCAUCUACCAUCGCUUUCCUCUUUGGUCAUUGAAAAAUUUAAGCUUGAGUUCUUAAAUUGUUACUUUAAAAGCUUCCUCUCUGUCGAGAAAUUGACAUUGUACAAUUGUGAUCACUUGGAUCAUCUAUUUGAGGACAACCAAGCAUCCUCUUCUCUUAAACAUUUGAGCAUUCUGUACUGUGAUGGAUUGAUGUCACUGCCUUCGGACCUAAGAUCGCUGACUUCCCUUCAGAGAUUUGAGGUUAUGGAGUGUGGACAACUGAAUGACAUUUCCGUUUUGGAGUCCCUUAGUUCUCUUCAGGAAUUAAGUAUUGAGGGUUGCCUAACGUUGCAUUCGAUGCCAUCUGGUCUACAUAACCUUACCAAUCUCCAAAGGUUGGUAAUCAAAGGAUGCCCUGCUCUGGAAAUGGAGAAUGAUGAGGACUGGUUCAAGAUUGCACAUCUACCAUACAUAGAAAUAGAACUCAAAGGGUUGCUUCUCGAAGAUUAAAGACCAAAGAAGCCAAACGUACACUAUAUCUUCUGCAAAUCACCUGUAGAUCGGUCAACUCAAAGUUAUGGAGCUGUGGUUACAUCUUGAAAUUCACAUAUUCGGUAUUCAGUUCGAAUCUAAGUGGCUAAUGGUGGCAACAUUUAGCAUUUCCAUUGUUGCAUUCAGACCUGUUUUCAUAUGCCAUACAGGAGCAGUGUGUUUCGUGAAGCUCUUCCCACAUCAAUGUAUAUACCAUUUUGCUGCUU